AUGGUGACUGAAGUUCAUGGAAGAACGUUCGGAGUGUGGACACUAUUAACUUGCACACUCUGUUUUCUUUGUGCAUUUAACCUUGAUAACAAGCCACUUUAUCUGGCCACGCUUUGUCUUUUGUCUAUGCCUUUGAUGAUUAGCAAAUUAAGCCCCCUGAAGACUAUGAAGAGUUAUUACUUGCACAUCCAUAAUAUGGAUGUUGUUGCAGUGGAAUAUGCAUCAGCGGGAUACCCGGAAGUCAGUCCACUCUUACUUUGUAGUGCGACUAAGCAAUUUUGGUUUUGGAACAUCUUGGUGUUCACUUUGAAGAAUUCCUUUGUGCUUCCACAACUGGUGAAAAUGGCAAAGUUAGCUCGGUUGCACUUCAGUUUCAACACGAGAAUGCCUUGUUAG